AUGGCGCAUUACAAAGGAGCAGCCAGUGAAGCUGGUAGAGCAAUGCAGUUGAUGAAAAAACGUGAAAUAGCGCAACAAGAGAUUGAAUUGCGUAAAAAAAAAAUAGAGGAUGAUCUAAAAAUUCACAAUAUUGAAAAUAAAUUCGCUACACACUACAAUGCAGUCGAACAACAACUUAAAACAUCGACCAUCGGUCUGGUUACUCUUAAUGAGAUGAAAGCGAAGCAGGAGAAUAUUGUGCGUGAACGAGAAAGAAAACUGGCUCAGAAGGAACGUGAGAAAGAGCAGGAAAAAGAACGAGCGCUGGCUGCCAAGCAGGCUGAAAAGAAUAAACAGAAACGACAGAUACAGGCGCUGUCUUUUAGUUUGGAUGAGGAUGAAGAUGAAGCCGAGUCUGAUGAAGAUGAAGGUGAUAAAGCUGAAGUUGAAGUAGUUCAAAAAUCAGAUGAUGAUUCAGAAGAUUCUUGCCAACCAAUUAAAAAGAUCAAGAAGAAUCCAGAUGUUGAUACGAGUUUUUUGCCCGACAGAGAAAGAGAAGAAGAGGAAAACCGUCUGCGAGAGGAGUUGAGGCAAGAAUGGGCUAUGAAGCAAAAUGCUUUGAAAGAGGAAGAAAUUGAAAUUACUUUCAGUUAUUGGGAUGGAUCUGGACACAGGAGAAGUGUUUUUAUGAAAAAAGGGAAUUCAAUUUAUCAACUAUUACAACGCUGUUUGGAAGUACUGAGACGUGAAUUCAGUGAAUUGAAGACUGUAAUGGCUGAUCAACUGAUGUAUGUUAAAGAAGAUUUGAUUCUUCCUCACCAUUAUACAUUUUAUGACUUUAUCGUGACAAAGGCGAGAGGAAAGAGUGGACCAUUAUUCACAUUUGAUGUACACGAUGACAUUCGUAUGUUACAUGACGCGUCUGUAGAGACAGAAGAAUCGCAUGCUGGAAAAGUUUUGCUAAGAUCUUGGUACGAAAGAAAUAAACACAUCUUCCCAGCAAGCAGAUGGGAGCCAUUCGAUCCGACAAAGAGUUAUGAUAAGUACACAAUCUCUGACAAGAAUAAGAAAAAAGAUAAACCAUAGUUUUUUUUUUUUUUUUUUUUUUUUUUAAAUAUAUUAAUGAUUAUUUGA